UACAAUUUAGUCAAUAUAUUGAUGCUAGGACUUAUCAAAAAUACUCUGUAUUAAAAGAUAUAGUGACAUGAAUUAUAAAACUAAUGGAUAACAUUUCAAAUGGCACAAGACGAUAAACCUCUGAAUGAAUUUCUUGCGUAUGUCAAUGAUCUGUAUCAGAUUGUUCCUCCAGGAAGAAUUACAGGAUUUGAUGUUGAUUUUCAGAAAUUGAAGCAACUCAGUGCUGAUUUGAAGCAAAGUCCUGAUCAUGAAUCCCAUGCUGGACAGAUACCAGAAAACAAGAAGAAAAAUCGAUAUAAGGAUAUCACACCAUUUGAUUUUUCAAGAGUGAAAUUGACCAAUACGAAUGACGAUGUCAACUCAGAUUACAUUAAUGCAAGUUUUAUUAAGGGUGCAGAUGGUCAUCAAAACUACAUUGCUUCACAAGGACCUCUGCCUCACACUAUUCUGGAUUUUUGGCAAAUGUUGUGGCAGUAUAAUAUUAAAGUAAUCGUGAUGGUUUGUCGAGAAAUUGAGCUUGGUAAAAAGAAAUGUGAAAGGUACUGGGCAGAUAGAGGAGAAUCGAAAACAUUUGGUGACAUUGUUGUGUCUUUGAGUCAAAAAGAUGAUCUUAAAGAUGGAUAUUGUCUGCGAACCAUCAAAGCUGAAAAAGGAAAUGAGGUUCGCUAUAUUCAUCAGUUCCAUUAUGUUAGCUGGCCUGAUCACGGAGUUCCUAAAACUUGCCUCGAGAUUCUUACUUUAAUUAAUCAUGUUCGAGAUGUGCAAUCAUACAGUCAAGAUGAAAGCACUCCACUGUGUGUACAUUGCAGUGCUGGUUGUGGAAGAACUGGAGCUGUAUUAGCAGUUGAUUAUGUUCGGAACUUGUUAGAAUAUAAGAGGGUGCCAAGCGGACUGAAGGCGUUUAAUAUUAUAUCAGAUAUGAGAAAACAAAGACCAGCAAUUGUUCAGACAAAGGAUCAGUAUGAAUUUGUCAAUAUGGCAAUAGCUGAAAUGUUUCGAGUUUAUAUGCAGAUCAGGACAGUUUCAUUUAAAGAAUUUAACAAUGGUUAUCAGCAGGGUGACUAUGUAAAUGUCAACAUUUCUUCAGCAACGUCAAAUGGCAUUGAUAAGAAAAAUGUAGCAGAAUCUCAAAGACCUACGGCACUGAGUUACGAAAACAUUGAUUUUCUCAGGAAACAACAAAACAAAAUGAGAACCCUUGAUAGGGGCCAAAAAUUCAGCCAUUCCCCAACAGAAGACGACAUCCCCCCUGCCAAACCUAGUCGACCGACUUUGGGUCGACCCAUGUCGCAAAUAACGGUCAAUAAUUCACAAUCUACGUAUACUAAUCUCAACGACAGAAAACAAAGUGUGCCAGUCGUUAUCUCAAAUCUAGCUAAUGAUCGGAAACCACCGUCACCCACAGUUACGCCAGUUACACCGAAACCAAGGGUGAUGCAAAAAAAUCAAAACUUGUUGAAUAACUCGAAUGUAAGAAGCCCAGCACAUCCAAGAACUACGUCUGGUUCCCAAAUUCCAGGAAAGGAAAUUGUUAAAGCUCCCCCACUGAGUACGAAACCCAAACCAGUAAAACCUGAACCAUCAGCUAGAAAGCCAAAUGCGAGUCCACCCAUAAAGCCACCAGGGUCAAAUUCGAAACCAGAAGAAACGAAGAAAAGAGCUCCGCCUAAACCUCAACGCUCAAUGAGAAGGCAGAACAAUCCACAUAUUAAAAAUGUUGUAAAAGAUGAUCCACCAUCGAAAAAUACAGCGACUAAAUUUCAAAAAUACAACAAGACUAAUUUGUAUAAUGAAGUUGUGUUGGGUGAUUCUCCAAGUGAAGAAAAUUCUCAGUUUAUUGAUGAUGCAUAUGGAGAAAUAAAUGAUGACGUUAGUGUGCAAAGAUCUAACUCAAAUACAAGUGCUGAUAUCAGUCCAUCUCCGCAACAUAGACGUUCUGCAACUCCACCAAGACUUCCUAUUAGAACAGCUGAAUCUCAAAUCGUUCUCACUGAAGCCGCUCCUGCUUUGCCAACAAGAACAGCAGAUUCAUAUGUGACAAUUGAAGAUAUUAGACGAAGGCGACUUCCAGUGAGACCUUACUGGGAUUCUGAGGAACAGCAGACUUAUGAAGCUGUUGAGCAAUCAAGUUUAUCUUCACCAAGUCCUAAAGCUCCUCAAGCUGAUUCAGGAAGACGACCCAGUGCCAAUGUAGCUUUGGGAACCAAUAUCAUAGCAGCCAAAGCAAAAGGAUUAAUGGAAAAGACGAGCAACGCUUUUUCAAAAGUUGGUGCAACAAUAGGGAAAUCAAAAGAAGAGGAUAGCCACGGAUCUCCUCCCACCACAAUGACAGACAGAACACCAACUUAUGUUGCUACACCUGUGAUUCAUGGUGGCCAAGAUAUUAGUUUUGGAAAACGUCUAAAAAGAAAAAUCAAAGGAGCAAGAAAUCAGAAAUAAAGCAUUCUAAUGUUUCAAGGAGUGUUAUUCCCAAUAAUCCUCUGUUUUUUUUUCAUUAUUUGUUUUGUUUUUAUUUACAUUUCACAUAUUUUAUCUAUUUCACAUAUUGUUAGCUUCGUUUUCUUUUGUUAUAUAUUUGACCAGUAACAGAUAUCAUGUACUAAUUUAUCGCCAGCCUUUUCUUGAGGUUUUGUCCAGAGGUUCCCAUAGUUACUCAUAAAUCUAAUUCAAGUGAUCUUUCAAUAUCCAUAUUUCAUAUAUCUUACUUAAGAAUUAAGAGGAAGCAAGGGAUAUAUAAAACAGUGAAAUUAAAACUUAUUGACCAAACUAAAACGACUCAAAGUAUGUAUGAAUAUAAAUUUAACUGGUUCUGUUUUUAUUUGUAUUUUCACUCUGACAUCUUCCACUUUUUAAAAUUUCAUCUUACUGGUGAUAAGCCAGUCGAA